UAUAAGCUAAUGAGUUUUAUACAUUAGCUUCUGUUCUCAUCAGUUAUAAAUGAAACAGUGUUUGGCCUAAAUUCAUGAAGCAGCCACAAUAGGUUGCAACACCUGUAUGUAACAUUGCUAUUCAAUGAAACAAGUGUAAAUGUUAAUAACUGUGAUCGCGAUGUGCUAUAUUUCAUUUUUUUUUUUUUUUGUGUGUGUGUAAAACCAGUAUACAAGGGAUAUGUAUGAAAACUUUACAUGUUAAUUGUAUUCUGCCCAGUAAUUAAUGUUUUAGCAAUUGAAAAUAAUACUUUUGUGAGGCCAAUUAAGCUACAUUGCUACUUCAUGUAACACAAAUUUUUAUUUGUCAUGAAGGUCAAAAGGCCUGAAAACUGAAGAGCAGAUUUUAUCUUAUCAGAUAUCUUGUCCUUGUUCACAAUACUUAUUAACACCUUAAUGCAAGAACACUAUAUGAGGUACAUGUCCACAUAGUGCUCCUGUAUUCCUCCUUUGAGGGGUGUGUUGAACUUUGAGAUUGUGAUUGUUCGAAGAUGAGAUUGAUAAUUAAUUUUAUUCAUUGGAGAAGAGGUCAGCUGAUAUAACAUUUAUAGAAUAUGCUUUAGACAUAUUGGACACAGUUUCCAACAGUCUCAGUUUGUAAUCUUGAUAUUUUAAUGUUCUAAAAGUGAUAGUGUGAUUUGUGAAGGUGCUUCCCUAAAUCAAGUAAUUAAUAGGCAUUAAAUAAAAACUAACAUCAAAGCUGAGGAAAAAGGACACACAAGUGAACAUGCAUUUGUAGGUUUAAUUACAAAUAAGUGCUUUAAAAACUUUGGAACUUGAGGUGAGCAUGAAAUGGAAAAGAUGACAAUAUUGCGUGCAGUUCUUCUGAUAAUAAUCAGAUUGGCAGUUCAGGUCUUCAAUUUGGAAGCAAAAAAUGUUACUAACCAGCAUGAAGCCUGUCUGACUGAUCAGUGCUUAAGAGAUAAUAUUUGUUUAUUUAACUGUAAUGUGUCCAUAUCUCCAAUGGACCCAGUAGUGCUUGUUGGGUCCAACCUUACCAUAACAUGUGAACUGGCCCCGAGGAUGAUCCCAAGUUACAAUGCCAGUGAAGUGGGUCUGUGCUGUGACUGUGACAUACCUGAGAAAAGACUGGUCAUCAGGGCCAGGGAUAGGAACCCCGCUGUGUCCAUAGGGGACACACAGGUCAACUUUACUUUGUACAGCUUACCUGAUAUGUCUGAAGAUAAGGCUGGCAAAGUGUGUCUCUGUUUCCUUGGAAUAUCGCAGUCAAGUAGGACAACUAUAUUCACAGGGUGUGAGUAAAGUUCGGAAUCUGGUUGAAAGGUUCCUGAUUUCAUUCUUUAAAAAUUUUACAUAGAUAUAUGUAAUAUGUUUGAAGUAAACAUGUAGCUAGAAUAUAUUAUGGCAUAAACAACAACAACAACAAAAUUUCAAACAUGCCAUGUAUAAUACGUACCCUUGCUAACCUGUCAAGAAUAACAUCA